UUGCAGCAAUGGAUGAAGAUGCACCAGUCGAUGAGUCGAACGAGGGAAUUAUUGGAUGCCUACCAAGUGCUGUCAACAUUCAUCACAUCGAAGAAAUAAAAGAGCUGGUCGAUCAACUGCCGAUAAUUUUUAAAUUAGAAAAUGAAUGUGAUGAGACAGCCGCGGAGGUUAAUUAUCUACGAUAUUCUCGACUUCUGCACUUAUAUCAAGAACAACCACGUUUACUUGACAAAUGGAUUCCAGAAAUUGUGGCGAAUUUGGUCGAUUUGGUGACUUUAAUUGGAAUAGAUGUGUCGAAACCUCGCGCAAUGACGCCACUAAGCCGAGAAUCUCUGAAAUAUCUUUCUGAUUUGUGUAUUGUACGUGGCAGUAAGACAAUUGUACGACUUCUCCCACAUCAAGUACAUCUUCUGGAUCCUCUCCUACAAACACUUGAAUAUUAUGAAACUAGCCAACUGUCAGAUCAUAAUCAAAGAAAUGUGCUUCUCAUGUGGCUAUGGAUUGUUGUUAAAAAUCCAUUUGAUUUGAGACGAUUCGAUCCGACUGGAGACCCUGAUAAUGUGAUAACAAGAAUCAUGAACGUGGCACUUCAUUAUAUGAAAUGGGAUUGGAAUAGUAGUCAGGCCUCCGCAGCUCUCGUAAUUGCUCAUUGUCUAUCAAGAACAGACGGAAUUCCAAAAGUUCUGAGCUUUCUCUCUCGUUUACUAGAUAGUAUUAAAACUCAUCACGAAAAUAAGAAGCUCCUUUUGGCUGAUUUAAUCCUUCUUCUUGCAAUUCUCAAACACGUUGAUCGGAGAGUUUUGACGGGACAUAUAGGAACAAUUCACGAACAACUUAGUUUUCUAUACCCAAUUGAUGAAAAGAAAGGUGGUCUCAUUUGCAAGUGUCUUGUGAAAGUUGUUCAAAGAAUUGGCCUAAUCGCAUUGAAACCAAGAACAUGCUCAUGGAGCUAUAAUCGAGGAAAGCGGCUUCUCGAAGGAAUGCUUGAUGAUAAUGAAGAAUAUUCAGAUGAACCGUCAUUUUCGAAUAAAGUUAAUAGUAAUCAAAGUUGUAAUAAUGAAAUUGAUAAAGAAAAUCAAUGGAACGAUGGAGACGAACUGGAAAACUCGGAAAUUGUUGAAUUCGCUCUGAUGCAUGUUCUAGAAGCAUUAAGCCAUUCGGAUACAGCAGUUCGAUGGUCAGCUGCAAAAGGUGUUGGAAGGAUUACUGUGAGACUACCGAAUUUCGACCUAGCAACUCAAGUAGUUGGAUCAAUAAUCAGUAGUCAUUUUGGAGAAGUUGCUGAAUAUUCAUCAUGGCAUUCUCAUGGAGCAUGUCUGGCACUUGCAGAACUUGCACAUCGAGGAGUACUAUUACCAAGUCUGCUUGAAGAUAUUGUACCUGCUCUUGAACUGUCACUUGUAUUUGAAGAUGUAAUGGGAAGACAUCAAAAUGGAAAUCAAGUUCGAGACGCAGCGUGUUAUGCUGUAUGGGCAUUAUCGAGGACUUAUGAACCUAGUAUGAUGGCUCCAUAUCUGCAACGGCUAGCUUCGGCGUUGUUAUGCGGAGCCCUAUUCGAUCGUCAAGUAAACCUCCGUCGUGCAGCUUCAGCAGCACUACAAGAAAUGGUUGGAAGACAAAAGAAUGUGUCACAUGGAAUUCCUCUCAUCCAAUCGGUUGAUUAUUUUGCUGUUACAAAUCGUCAAAAAUGUUAUGAACAUUUAUGUGUUCCAGUUGCUGAGUAUUCAACGUAUUCUGCUAUUAUUUUGAGGCAUCUUAUCACGAAAAAAGUUGUUCACUGGGAUGAAAAGAUUAGAGAACAGGCUGCAAUUUCAUUGGAGAAGAUUAGCGAAAUUCGAUUAGAAAAUGUCAGUGAUGAUUAUUACAUGGAGAUUCUUGAUGAUUUUCUGAAAGCCAGCUGUGAAACAAGAAUUUCUCCAUUUUUGAGGCACGGGUAUUUAUUAGCAUCCGGACAUCUUAUCAAAGGUCUCACAUCUCGAGGAAUGGAUUUUUCUUCCAAACAAACAGAAAUUGCUUGGAUACCCCACAUUCUCUGGCCGUUCUGUGAUAUGACAACACAACCCGGUGCACUAAUUCGAAGAACUCUUUGUAAAUUCAUACAACUUGUGUCUGCAUCGAAAAAAGUUCUAUUACUUGAGAAAGACAAAAGUGAAUGGUUGGAUGUACUGCUUCAAUUGAUCACAGAUCCAAGAGAAAUUAUUCGAUCACUCGCAAAAACAGCAGUCGGUGAAUUUGUGAUGACUUAUUUGAUGAAUGAUGAAGAAUUGAUUCAAAAAGUGAAGACAAGAGUUAUUGCAGCGAUGACAAAAUGCUCGGAUGAAAGUGAAAGAAUCGGAAUGGGAAUGAUUUGUGAAUCGUUAAACUCUGAAGCAGUCGAUUAUGAGAUGUUCGAAUCGCUUUGCAAUACUAUUCUGACACCAACAUCGUCAGAUGCAAAGUGGGCACUUGCUAGACAACAAACUGUAUUUGCACUUAAUCGGAUUUCAGUGAAUUCAUCAACUGAAACAUUUAAUCGAAUUGGGCAAAAAUGUUUUGAGACAUUGUACAAGGCUAUGACAGAUUAUACAACAAGUGCAAAUGGAGAUAUUGGACGAUUUGUUCGGGAAGCCAGUAUGCGUGCCAUGUCAACAAUUUUGGUUGAUGCGAAAACGGAGCCACCAUUCCUAGAUGAACAUGUCAUCAAAUCUGCAAAAUAUAUGGUUCAACAGAGUGCAGAACGAAUUUCACGAACUAGAGAGUGUGCCUGUGCCUGCCUGAAAUCGCUCGUCAAAUGCGAAAUAACGGGUCGCUGUCUUCCACAUAUUGAUCUUCUCAUGAACAUUUAUUCAGAGCCAAUGGAUUUUAUAUCCGAUCGAACUGUUUUUCAGUUGAAACCUCUUUUAGAUCUUGGAUCCGAGUAUUAUGAACAAUUAAUAUUGGGUAUUGUUGUAUCAGCAGGUGGAUUGGCAGAAGGAACUCAGAAAACUGCAAAGCAAUUGCUUUUAGAUCAUCAAAGAGAAAUUUGUGAGAAUAAACCGAGAUUCGAUCAUUUUCUAUCGACAUGUGCUGAUCUUUUUCAACGAGCUCGUAAAGUGAACCGAAUUGGGAACAGUUUCAUGCAAAUUCUACCACAAAUAUUUGGAAAUCUUGGAAUUUAUGAACAAUGUCCAGAAACGUCUGAAUCAAUUAUUGAGAUGGUGGAUACAAUGAAAACAAUCGCAGUUAGAUCAUCAAUGAUGUCACGUCAGAGGCUAUCGAUUGAUUCACUUGGAGAAUUGUUGAAUUGUGGGAAGAAAAGUACAGUAUACAGAUCUGCAUUAACUAUGAUCCUUGACACUCUUAACAGCCAACAACCAGUUCUUCGUAAAUCUGCCGCCGAGAGACUCUACGAGCAUCUUUGCUGUGCCGAGGAAUCAGAUGAUGAAGUAUUAGAGGUUCUUGCUACAACAAAUUGGCAGGAUGAAAAUGAUAAUGUACUGAAACAGGCAGUCGCUGGAAUUUCAGAAAAAUUGAUAUUUUAAUUGUGAUCCUAUAACGCUUGUUGACAUAUUUUUCAAUUUUAUCGCUUCGUCUAGUUUAUCUUUUUACUUUUUAAUUUUAUUCAAAUUUUUGAUAUUUUACCACUCAGAAUUUGAUACUUCACAGUGAUUCGCGUUUCGUCUUCGCCAAUUUACAACUGACAGGACAGACACAAAAAUCAUUCAUUGCGUGUUAUUUAUGCGGCAUUUUGGCUCUUAUUAUCUAUUGAUCUCAUUUUGUGUUCAAACCCAAUGAAAUAUAUAUAUUGCUUG